AUGUGGGUGUUUGACCAUGUAUGGAAUGUGAUCGUUGAGGGGAUGAGGACUGAUGGAUUGUAUGAGAUGAAGCUGAAUGAGAAGGCCUUGGCAACAGAGAAGGCUACUUACCAGCCACCACCGAAGGAAGGAGUGAUGGCGAGGGAGGAGUUGAAGGCGAAGCUGAAAGGAGUGACAGUAGAGGAGUUGCAGGUGGGAGCUGUUGCAAUGGUGGCAGCAGCUGCAAAAGUGGAUCUAGAGACCCUGCAUAGGCGGCUAGGACAUGCGGGGAUGGAGCGGAUUAAGGAGCUAGUGAAGAAGGGCAUGGCAGCCGGUGUGGAGCUGAAGGAAGGAGAUGGGAGUAAGAGGAGGGAUGUCAUCUUCUAUGAGGAUGUUAAUUACCUGCAGUUGAAGGGAGUGAACAAGGAGAUAGCAACGGGAGCAGCAGCUGCGCUUGAUAAGGUGGAGAAGCUGCUAGUGGAGAAGGAGAACGAGGGGAUAGGGUGUGAUGAGGAGGAGUCAGGAGGUGGUGCGGACAAACCUACCAAGGAACCUAUUUGGCCGGAGCCGCAGAAGAAAAAGGUUGUAGAGGCGGCAGCAGAUGUGGAGGAAAAGGGGCACCACGAAGGAGAGCAUAGAGAGACGGGCACAGAGGAGGAAAAUCAGGAUGUGGAGCACGUGGAAAGCAGUGAUGGGACAGCACAGGAGGGCGAGGGUAACCCAUGGAGACUGAUCAGUAGUGAAGCUACUUGUGAAGCUGCUAAAAAGUUAAAUGAGCUGCUGGAGGAUGGAGCCAUGGUGAUAGGAAAGGAACGAGGGCUUGACGAGAUAUAUGCAGCGACAAAGGAAGUUAGUAAGGACGAGACACCGGCUGAGGAGUUGGGGCGCGGUCUGAGGAUCAAGAAGAAACCAGCUAAGUUUGUUUCACUGGUUAUGACACCUUGGAACGAUGUGAAACAGAUUCCUAGGACAACGCUGUUUUUGGGGAUGAACCUGGAGCGGAAUGUGGAAGAGAAGAAGCUCUUCUUGUACCAGAAAAGAUAUUGCAACCGGGUGCAGCAGAGGUUUGGCCAGGGUUUCACCAAGGAGAUCACGACACCACUCAGCGGCAUGGCAGCAAAUGAUAACGAGCAGGAAGAGGAUGUGAAGCAGUGGGGAGGAGAAAAGAAAGCGCUGCAGAUGUACCAGUCGAUGGUGGGAUCGGAUAUGUAUCCGGUUUCAUGCACAAAGGUCGACAUGGCAUAUGCGGCGAGUUACUUGGGGCAGCAUGUGCAGCGGGGAAGGAAAUGGCGGGAAAUGAAGCGGGCACUUAGUUUUUUGGUGCAGCAUGGCGAGGAGGGGCUUCUCUUUGAGGGAGGAGAAGAGACUUUGCAGCUGGUGGGGUAUGCGGAUGCCUCACAUGCACCGGACAAGAAAACAGGGAAAGGCGCAUAUGGAGCUCCUCUGUGGAGUGGAAACUAA